AUGGGGAGUGUGGUGCAGCACAUUGGAAACGCAACGUCAACAACCUUGAUGCAUAAGCUGAGAGGUCUGUGGAUGAAUCCUAGGGGCACAGUGCUCCGUAUUGAGGCAUUAGCAUUGGUGGCUAUUGCAAUCUCCUUCUUCCUUGCAACCUGUGGGUCCUGCCGCCGUUGGUCCAACAGUUGGAUCCUCCAAAAGGGCUUCUUGGUUGCAAAUGCAUUAUUUCUGUCCCUAGGGACAUACAGCAUUGGCCUAAUGCAAUCUUCGCCGGUGAAGAGUGAGAUGUAUCCCAUAUGGGCCGUAUCCUUGUUCGCCCUCCUUUGCUGCGUCGACUCGGUCACCAUGUUCAGCUUUGACAACAAGAGCCAGGUCUGGAAGAUGUUGUAUCAGCUUUUCCUCUACUGUGGAUAUGUCCUGCUGAUGAGUAUAUCAAGCAUUUCUAGUGAUAUUGGUAGCAUAGCCAUUUGCGUUCUAUCCGCCAUCACUUUGCUAAAGGGCUUUCAUAAGUCAAUGGCUCUUUUGCUGCCAGGCAGAAUGCGGAACGUAAUCAGAGACACUCAAGAUAGUGAGCUAUUUAUUGUGGGGCUAAGAUAUUUUACUAGGGAAAAGAAGUUGAUGGUCCAUUUACCCCUUGAUGAAGAUAAUGCUGCCAAGGUCGCCAGAACUGAUGUAGCAGUCAAGGUGCAUGCUAUAAAUUCCAUGUACAAAGGUGGUGAGCUAAGGUCCGACAUCCGUGAUGUGUGCCUCUCCUUGUCUCUGUCUCAUAUGCUGCAGCUGCGUUUACUUGGGGUCAAGGAAGAUGACGAAUCAAUGAUUUUUGACAAGUCCGUGUCGUCCAACUGGUCUGAGUUGAAAGGGGACGACGAUGGGGUCAUGGAGUGGGCCUUCAAGGUGGUCGAGGUCGAGCUGGCUUUCCUAUAUGACAUCUUGUUCACCAGCAACGCGUUCCUGCAUUACUAUGAGGCAAAAACUGCUAGUAUUUGGGUGUUGGCUUCGUUGGUUGGGAUUUGUUUUGUUGGGGUGGUUGCUGCAAUGCCUGGGACGAGGACCGUCCGCUGGGCUUCUUCUUCUUCUUCUUCUUCUUCUUCUUCUUCUGGUGGCCACGGCACCGCCGUCGUGGGCACCACAACAGCAGACCUUGUUAUCACCGGAGUCAUCCUUGGGUCCCUGGCUUUGCUGCAGGUGGUUCAGCUGCUGCGCUGUUGGACCUCGAAUUGGGCCAGAGUUGCCUUUGCGUGUGAUUGCGCAAGAAAGAGGAGGAGACAAGAGGAGGAGGAGGAGGCAGAGGUGAAGCCGCAGCAGGGAGGUGAUUCGGUGCAGGGGAUCCAUUUGAAAAUUAGGGGGUGGUGCCUGAGGUUGAGAGCGCAUCUUCUCAGGAUCAAUUGGUUUGAGAGCUACCUAUGGCAGGACAAGCUCGGGCAGCACUCAAUGGUGGAACCAACCGGCGGCUGCCUGCAGUGCUUCACCAGGCCAGCACAGGAAUCAACAUGCGCGUCGGCGUCGCGCAAGUAUUGUUCCAUCGUCUCGGGGAUGCUUGGGCUGCGUUGUGUGGGGCGAGAGCUCCUGGAGGCUCUGUGCGGCAGCGGCACAGGGGACACCACCAUUGGGCUGCACUCUGAUAUCAAGGCAUCCGUUGCUGGCUUCCUUACCGAGAUCAGGUCUGACGACGCAAGUGCUUGGCCAUCUCCAACGGUUGGAGAUGAAAGGAGGAGGAUUGAACAGAUAAGCAAGCGUUCGGAUAAUGAAUCUGCUCGCCUCGGUUCCAACUAUAAUCCUGCUCUCCGUAAGACGCGCUCUCGUGGUUAUGAUCCCCAUCUUGAAUCUGCUGCCCGUAGGAAGCUCUCGGUUGCUGAGAAGUACACAUCCAGCGUGCUGACCUGGCACGUUGCCACGUGUUACUGCGAGUUGGCGCAGCGGCACGACGACAAGGGCUUCCUCAAGGGCUGCAGCACAGGCGCUGAAAGGGCAGCCGUGGAGAAGGAUCAUCGUGUGGCCACGGCUCUGUCCAAGUACUGCGCCUACCUGGUGGCUUCAGUGCCAGAGCUACUCCCUGGGCCGCCGGUGGACACCAAGAAGGUGUACGAUGCAGUUGCACGGCGGGCAAGGGAAGUGCGGCGAGGCGGCGGCGGGGAGGACAACCUGCUGGCGGCAAUGGACAAAAUGGAUACUCGCGACCAUCUGCAGGAGCUCCGGGUCAUGCUAGAUGAGAGGUUGUGGAUGGACCGCCCGUUCGACGAGGGGGUGCAGCUGGGGCAGGAGCUCUGGCGGAAGCCGCCGUCCGAGCGCUGGAAGGAGCUGGCGGGAUUUUGGGUGAAGGCGUUGGUCUACGCCGCGCCGUCAGAGAACACGGAGGAGCACAUGCAGCGCCUCGCGCAGGGCGGCGAGUUCAUCACCCAUGUCUGGGCCCUGCUGUCUCACGCCGGCAUCCGCAGGUGGCAAGGUGGACUGGAAGAACCAGCGGUAACUCCUGGGGCCGGAGCUGGAGCCGGAGCCGCCCACGGUGCUUCUUCCAGUUACAGGCCACGCCACGGUCUGCGGCGGUCUGCCUCUGUCUCCUAA